AUGAGUUCAAUCUAAUCAGGAUAAUUAUUCGUUAGCUAAGCAUUUAAAAAUUGCUUCAAUUAGCUUGUUCCAGAUAUGAAAAAAUUCAAUGGUCAAUAUACAGAAUAAGAUCAAGAUGCCAUGACUAAUUGCUUGGUCAGAUAUAUUGACAGCUUUAGAACAACUUAGAAGGUGUUCUAUUAGACACAUGAGCAGGAAUGA